CGAUCACGAUUGGAGCAGUGUACUCGCUGUGCGCUCUGGUGGCGAUGUGCGCUGGCUUCCCUGCCGGAGGGAACGGGGCGCUGCAGCCCAACUUCUACGGGGCGACGUGCCCGCAGGCGGAGACGAUCGUGCGGCAGGAGGUCAUCCGGUGGUUGCACAGCGACAUGGGCUUCGCCGCCGGGCUCGUCAGGAUGCACUUCCACGACUGCUUCGUCAGGGGGUGCGACGCGUCGAUCCUGCUGGAGUCGACGCCGGACAACACGGCGGAGCGGGACUCCCCCGUCAACAACCCCAGCCUCCGCGGCUUCGAGGUUAUCGACAGCGCCAAGGCCCGCCUCGAGGACGCCUGCCCCGGUGUCGUCUCAUGCGCCGACAUCCUCGCCUUCGCCGCCAGGGACAGCGUCGCGCUGAGCGGCGGGCCCCGGUACGACGUGCCGGGAGGGCGGCGCGACGGCACGUUGUCGAUGGCGUCGGAGGUGGCCGACAACAUCCCCGCACCGACGUUCAACCUGGACCAGCUCACCCAGAGCUUCGCCGCCAAGGGCCUCACCCAGGAAGAGAUGGUCACCCUCUCAGGCGCGCACACCAUCGGGCGGGCGCACUGCACGGCGUUCAGCGACCGGCUCUACAACUUCAGCGCGACGGGCGUGGCGGACCCCACCCUGGACCCGCCCUUCCUGGCGCAGCUGCAGCACGCCUGCCCCGCCGCCGGCGACGGCGGCGUCGACCCGGGCCUCGUGGUGCCCAUGGAGCCCCGCACGCCCCACGCCCUCGACACGCUCUACUACUGGGGCGUCCUGCGCAACCGCGGCCUCUUCGCCUCCGACCAGGCGCUGCUGGCCAGCGCGCCCACCGCCGCGCAGGUCCGCCAGAGCGCCUACGGGGGCUACCCGUGGAAGCUCAAGUUCGCCGCCGCCAUGGUCAAGAUGGGGCAGAUCCAGGUGCUCACCGGCGGCGGCGGACAGAUCAGGGCCAAGUGCAGCGCCGUCAACUGAAGAAUCGGCUAGCAUCCCUACGUUCCACCGAUUUUUCGUCGUGCAGUGCAGUGCAGUGCUAUUCUGCUGCUUUUGUGGCCGUGGAAAUAAAACAGUUGUUCCUGACUGUUGUGACGGUGUCCUAUGUUGUUGAUGUGUCGUGUUGUAUACUGGUAUGUGGUGACAAUAAAAGAAAGAUUAGAACAA